CCAGCGACCUCACCCGGAAGCACAGAGCCUCUGAGAGCACAGGGUUAUCCUAGACCCGAUCGGACCAAGGUCUUCUGAUCGUCAGGGAACCAUAACUCCCAGGGUGAGCCUGAGAUGAAGCAACACUGAACUCUAAACCACGCCGCCAUCCAACAUGUUACGCAACCUGCGUGGCUCUGAAGGAUUGUGCUUCAUCUGGUAUGUCCGGGCUUUGAAGAUGCAGCAAUUUCUCCUCAUAAAAGAGAUGCAAUGCGUGUAAGGGACACCCUGACUUGGCAGCAAUGCAGGCGAGAUGCUUUGAUGAGCACGUGGCCUCCUCAGAGGUUGGUGUUGUGUCAACGAGGGGUGACACGGAUGACACAAAACAGGUGCCACGUGAUUCAGCACCUGCUGGCUCAGGUAUAUAAGCUCCCUCCCCACUCGCUGACACUCACUCUCAGGAUCUCGUCUUGAACAGAAACACACUCCCCCUGACACCAUGAGCUACUACGGCAGCUACUACGGAGGCCGCGGCUACGGCUGGGGCGGCUUUGGUGGCCUGGGCUAUGGCUAUGGCUCCGGCUGGGGCUGGGGCGGCCUUGGUGGCCUGGGCUGUGGCUGUGGCUACAGGAGCUACGGCUGCUGGCGUCCGUGCUGCUGUGGGGGAUACGGAUACUCUGGCUUCUACUGAAACCCUGCCCAGCAGCUCAGCAUCUGAACUUACAAGGGACUUCCUCCCACAUUGGAUCUAAGGAACCGGACAGCUAACCUCAUGCUGGGU